CGACGGUGGUGUCGGCUGCUGUUCUUGGCGUUUUUGUAUUAUCGACGAGAGACUCUGAGUUGUUUGACGACUAUAGAAUAACUCUGUUUUGUAAAAAAUUUAAUCGAAUGUUGUAAAAUACAAAUCGAGCCACGACGAACGAAUAAUCGAAAAAAAUGGCUGAGACCGCGGAAUUCGGGCCAAGAAAAACGAUUUUCAUUCUAGCGAUCGUCGCUGGAUGUUUUGCCGUUCUUUGGCCAAAGAUCUUCUACCCUAUGCUCACCGCAUCUGUCAUCUCGAAUCCUGCACCAUCCGAUGGUUCUAGUCUAAUGUUUCAAUUGACAGCGUGCUGCGAUGUAAUAUUCGAAAGUGACAUAAAUGCAGUUGACAUAAUGCAAGUGAUGUGUCAAAACAUCAUUAGACAUCAUCAGGUAGAUCCCAGAGUGAAAGAUGUAUUGAAGACAGAGAAUCUCACUCCUCAAAGCGCCAGUUUAUGCCGAGAAGAAGUGCUGGCAAGAUGUGGUAUAGACUUGUCUUCUUUCCUUGCGGAAAGAGAAAGUCUUGGAAAAACAUACAAGCAAGUUUUGGAAGAAAUUAGGUCUUUCAACAGUUCACUCUGCCUCAAAAACAAUUUUGGAGUACCACUGUCACAGCUUGGAACACCACACCUUAUUAGAUACCACAUCCUGAUGCCGCACAGUACGAUCAGACAAGAACGUCAAACACCACCUCAUGCUGGAGGACUUCAUCCUGCUAUGAGAGAACGUGGAAGAGCUAUUCCCUCAUCCCAUAUUGUUCCAAAAGUGAAAGAUAGACUGGACCAUGUCACCAUCCCAAAAAUGAGACCACCAAUGGGUGGGGCUGGACACGUUGUACCACCACCAAAAGGAAAUGGGACAAUGGGGAUUAUCAUGCCACUUUAUACAUUGGGUAUUGUCCUAUUCUUCCUCUACACUAUCGUCAAGGUAUUACGAAAAAAUACAGACAGUGAUAUAACGAACGAGUAUCCGGGAUCGGCUGCUGAAUCUGAAUUUAGGAAAAUGGUGUUCAGUCCGGAAACUUUAACAAGCGCUGUAACAGGGACCCUAUAUCGGCAGAAAAAAAAAAGAUCCCCAUCACCCCUGAGACCUGCACCAACGUUAGAGGAACUGAAAGAUCAGGCAGCAGGGGACAUAGAGAUAGAUCAGCUGAGGCAACGGCUGGUCGAGACUGAAGCAGCGAUGGAAAGAAUUGUUGCUCAAAUGGGAAAUUUGUCGCGUUCUGUAACGCAUAGUCCGAGCCCACAGCCAAAGGCCAAGGAAACUCCCUCGAGUAAGCAGAUUGAAUUUGAAGAAGGAGGAAAGAUAGAAGACAUGGAAGAUUCAUCACCUACUGUCAAAGUCGUUGGUAUGGAAAUGACAACUAGUUGUGAAAGUGGACAAAAAUGGAGUCGGCCAAAUACUCCAGUUGUUUCAACAACGCACAGUCAUGCUGAGCGGGAAAAAACCCCUCCAAAGCCCAUCUAUCUGGAAGGAGCACUACCGGCCCAGUGCGAGCUGCUGGUGACAGAUUCUGAAACGCAAGCUGAACAAUCCGUCACUGACGUAGAAUCGCCAGUAGUUCUCUCAGGAAAAAUGACUCUAUCUCUCAUCAGUCUCGACCAGAUUUCAUCUAAUUCUGAAUCUAAUGAUAAAGUUAAAGUAAAUGGAGUCAACGGUAUGGCAUACGAUACUGACACUGAGCAGGCAAAUAGUGAACAGGAAGCUGAUAAUGCUGGAGAAAACAAAGUACUUGGGAAGAAAGAACAGGAAGAAGAGGAAGAGAAAGAAGUUGAAUAUGAGGAAAAUGGGAAAGUGGUUGACACAGCAAAAGAAAUAAGAGUAGAGGUAAAUGGAGAAAACAAUGCAGAAAGUGAAAAAGAAGAAGAAGAGGACGAAGAAGAAGAAGAAGAAGUAGAGGAGGAGGAAGAAAUAGAAGAAGAAGAUGAAGAAGAAGAAGAAGAAGAAGAAGAAGAAGAAGAAGAAAAAGAAGAAGAAGAAGGAGAAGAAGAAGAAGAAGAAAAAGAAGAAGAGGAAACGGAAACGGAAGAAGAAAAAGAGAAAAAUAAAGACCAAAAAGACAAGGUCAUAGAGAAACACCGAGAUGCGAAACUAAAAAUGUUCGCCGAGUAAGCUUACAAUUAGCUUGUCUCUCAUCUAAGCAAUUUGGUAUCCAAAGCUGGUACUCUAGAUUUAUGAGGCCCUAAUGAGGAUAUAAAUAAUAAGUUUUUAUAAACUACAGUAGUUAGUAAACGAAAUUUAAAAUAUAGACUACACUUCUCAUGUUUCAAAAAUUGCUACCUACAUUAACACACUUUUAUUAGUACUGUAUGAUGCGCAGGCCUCGCUUUUGGUAAAUAGGACGCAUUGAUUGUCAAAUUAUGAUUUACAACUCUUGCGACUUUGUUAGAUUGGAAACGUUUCGUUCGGAAUAUAUAAUAAAAAGUUAUUUUGACUAGAAUCUUUGCCGAUUACUGCAAGCGAUGAUAUAACAAUUAUUCUUCGCAAAUUGUAACAUUUCUGGCCAGAAUUAUCAAAACAUGAAUCCGGGAGGAAAUAUAAAUAGAUAUUCAAACAUUCAAACUUCGAGCUCCUUGAUUACAAUCAGUACUACUAAAAAUCCUAUUCUGAUCCACGAUUACAAUUAAUAUCCAUAUUUUUGAUAUUAUAUAUGAGAAGACACCGUUAUAUUGAUUUGAAAAAUAGUAAAAUUUCAUUCACGACGUACUUAUUUAGAUAUUUCACAGGGAGCCAAUAAAAAGCAGAUCAUCGUUUCAGAACAUAAAUAAAUAGCUGUUGAUUCAUUUGAAGCAUUUUGACGUGUUGAUCAUUGUUAUCAUAUUAUUUAUAACACUAAUUAUUUGUUUUCUCGUAAUUGCUGGCAAUAUAUAAUAAAAAGUAUUAAUCAAACGUAUCUAUUAAAUCAGAAAAUUAUAUGUAUACAUUUCUAGCUAUUGAGACCGUUUAAUAAAAACCACUCUGCCACUGUUC